CCACUUGUCCGUCAAAACAUAGUGUUAACCUAUUACGGCUACGUACAUUUCUCCUAUUUACGGCGUGGUUUUCUGCUCCUUAACAUUAAUAAUCAAAAUGGUGAAGGCGUGUGUGGCUGUUGGUUGCACUAACAGAGAAGAUGGAAGGAGAGACUUGAAGUUUUACCGUAUUCCGAGGGAUCCAAAGAGAAGAGCGAAAUGGACGGCUGCAAUUCGACGUGAAAACUGGACACCAAAAAAUCACCACAGACUAUGUAGUAGUCAUUUUAUAUCCGGUAAGAUGCAUUUAAUAUAUAUUUAGAGGGUUUUGGCCUGACAACCACAAUUAAGAUCAUUGCUAGGCUAAUCGCCGACAACAUACGACGUAGUACGACAUAGUUUCAAAUUCAAGAUGUUUGUGACUUCCCUUUCUUUCACCAUCGUUAUUUUUUGAAUAAUAUUUAGCUGGUACCAAGUAAAAGAAACUGGCCUCGUCUACGGGGCUGACAAAUAACCACAAUUAAGAUCAUUGCUAGGCUAAUCGCCGACAACAUACACGUAUGUAUGUAGUGAGUGCUAUCGCUAAACCAUAUAAACAUUAAAAGCCUUAACUCCAUUGACAAACGACAUGAAAUACAUUAGACUUGACAGUGGAUGUUAGCAAUAACAAAAUAAUUCGAAUUGAAAAUUUCGUAACUCACCUUUCCAAGCACAAGAUAGAUUCCUGCCAAACGAGGACCUGUUUCACCCAACCAGCAACGAAGUAUUUAUAAGUGUCCAAGCUCUUGAAGUUUUUCGUGAGAAUAGGCUGAUUUUGUGUGGACAAGAUCAUUGUAAAUAUCAGCGUAGCAGAUGUCAGGCAGACAGGACGAAGACAGUGGGUCGAAAAACAUCGAUUUGGGCAUCAAAUAUGGAUCUGGCGACUGUAUAGAACGAAGCUUUUCCUCAUAACGCCUUUUAUGCAACAUAUCCAGUGAGUUUGCGGCAUCAGAAAGCACCGGGUCUUCCAUGAAAUGCAUUUUAAAUUCCGCCAUCAAUUGAAAACAAUGCAAAUACAGAGUCAAAAUGACGGACAAGUGGGCGGAACCCUACAGCGAACACGUGGUACGUGGGUAGACUCUAUAUAUGCGGUGCUUUCUUUUCUAUGAGUAGUUUUAACCUUCAUAGCUCAAGAUGAUACAUAUUCACAAUGCCACUUCAUCCUCAGCGUAAAUGUUAAGAAAGUUUGCGACCCGGAAGUAAAACAGACCGGAAAAGUCCAAGCAGCCAGACCCCUCUCAAAUUGUAUGUAAACUGCUAGUAAAAUACUUCAAAAACAAGAGGGAGUACGCAUAACGACAAUCUGUUUUUCCAUAGAUGGCUGAAGUUUCUGCAGAUUGUGUAACCCUGGAGCUUCUACAAGAAGCCAAGGAGAUGGUGAGGAGAAGCCCAUUGGGUGUCAUCAACACUCCCAUGAUCCUCUGGAGCCAAACCACUUUACCUGUCAACAAGGCUCGAAGUAUCUAUAUUAAACUGGAGAACAUGCAGAGAACAGGAUCUUUCAAAAUUCGAGGUGUCGCCAAUCAGUUUGCCAGGAGGCCCGAGGGUGGCCAUUUUGUCACCAUGUCUGCAGGGAAUUACGGGAAGUCCUUUGCGUUCGCGUCAAAACACUACGGGUCCAAAGGCAAAGUGGUGAUGCCGGAAACUGCGCCUUUGUCCAGAUCAGUCCUCAUACAGAGUUUUGGAAUUGACGUGGAGCGAGUUCCGACUUCCUGUCUGAUGAAUGUGGUGAACCGUUGCGUUCAGGACGAAGACAUGACAUUCUUGCACUCUUAUGACGAUUUGGAUCUCAUAGCGGGACAUGCAAGUUUAGGUUUGGAGGUCCUGGAGGUCGUGCCUGACCCUGAUGUGGUAGUGGUAUGCUGUGGAGGAGGUGGGCUACUGGCUGCCGUAGCUGCUGCUAUCAAGCUGUCAGGAUGUGGGAAAACCAGAAUCUAUGGUGUGGAACCAGAAGGAGCGUGCACCAUGUACAAAAGUUUCAUUGAGAGGAAGCCAAUGGGGAUGGACGCAAACAGCAUUGCAUCUGGGCUUGCGCCACCAUUUGCAGGCGCGCUCCCCUACGAGCUGUGCCGACGCCACGUUGAGGAAAUCGUGCUGGUGAGCGACGACCAAAUCAAGGCGGCCGUGUCGACGCUGUACCGAGCGGGCUUGGUGGUGGAGCCGUCCGGUUCGGCCGCCUUCGCUGCCGUGGCUUUCGGAAAAAUACCCCGACUCGAAGGGAGGAAGGUCGUUUGCAUCCUCAGUGGGGGGAACCUCGGCAAGGACGAGCUCGCAAACUUUCCAGAUUAAUAGAAAUGAAAUCUAGUGGUAUGAUGUGUUUUUAUUGUAUUAUUUCUGUGUAGUUGAGAUUUAAAAAAAAUACUUAUCAGAGCUACAUAACAUCUUUAGUGGCCAUUCUGCAUAUGACUGCGUCCUGGAGUGUUCCACACUUCUCCUCCUGAGGAGUUACUUUGUACAGCUAAAAAAAAAAACAAUAAUAAAAAUAUAAAGGUUCA